CGCCCCCGGCCCCGCCUCGCUCCGGCCCCCGCCUACCGCCAUGUCGGGCCUGCUGCAGCCGGCGUUGCUGCUGCUGCUGGCGCUACCGGGGCUACUGGGCGGGCGGCACCGCUACGAGCCCACCUGGGCCUCGCUAGACGCCCGUCCGCUGCCCACCUGGUUUGACGAGGCCAAGUUCGGCGUCUUCAUCCACUGGGGCGUGUUCGCGGUGCCCAGCUUCGGCAGCGAGUGGUUCUGGUGGUACUGGCAGAAGGAAAAGAGGGAGCCCUAUGUGAAAUUUAUGAAGGCAAAUUACCCACCUGGGUUCAGUUAUGAAGAUUUUGGGCCACUGUUUACAGCAGAGUUCUUUGAUCCUAACCAGUGGGCAGAUAUUCUGAAGGCUUCAGGUGCAAAAUAUGUUGUCUUAACUUCAAAACAUCAUGAAGGCUUUACUUUGUGGGGGUCCAAAUAUUCUUGGAACUGGAACGCUGUCGAUGUGGGACCAAAGCGAGAUCUUGUGGCUGAACUAGAAACAUCUGUUAGAAACAGAACUGACUUGCGUUUUGGUUUAUAUCACUCCCUGUUUGAAUGGUUUAAUCCUCUCUUCCUCGAGGAUGCGACCAAUGUCUUCAAGACACAAAAGUUUCCAACCAGUAAAUCAUUACCAGAACUCUAUGAAAUUGUGACCAAGUACCAACCAGAAAUAGUUUGGUCUGAUGGGGAUGGAAAUGCACCAGAUACUUACUGGAACAGCACUGGUUUUCUAGCUUGGCUGUAUAAUGACAGUCCAGUUCGGGACACAGUGGUGACCAAUGACCGCUGGGGAGUGGGCAGCAUCUGUAAGCAUGGUGGCUUCUACACAUGCAGUGACCGGUACAACCCAGGACACCUUCUGCCUCACAAGUGGGAGAACUGCAUGACUAUUGACAAGAGGUCAUGGGGCUACAGGAGGAACGCAAAUCUUGAAGAUUACUUGACAAUUGAGGACUUGGUGAAGCAACUUGUAGAAACAGUGUCUUGUGGAGGAAACCUCCUGAUGAAUAUCGGGCCCACUCACGAUGGCCGCGUCGCUGCUAUCUUUGAGGAACGCCUGCGGCAAAUGGGUGCUUGGCUGAAAGUCAAUGGAGAAGCCAUCUAUGGAACGAAACCGUGGAGAGCACAGAACGACACGGUCACACCACAAGUGUGGUACACGUUCAGACCAAAGGAAGGCAAAGUAAAUGCCAUCUUCCUUAACUGGCCAAACUCUGGGAUUCUGGAACUUGGUGAGCCACAGGCAAGGCUUGCAGAAACACAGGUGAAGUUGGUUGGCUACAAGGAACCACUGAAAUGGGUUGCAAUGGGAGAAAAGGGAAUUGUCGUAGCUCUACCUCAAUUAACUCUGAAGCAAUUGCCAUGUCAGUGGGGCUGGACCUUGCAACUGACUGAUGUAGACUGAGCCAUACACUGGAGCCUUGGGUAGUACAGAAGUUACAUUGUUGGCGUUCUUUCUUCCUGCCCAGUUUCUCAUCAUUGGCUUUGAACUACUACUUGACUGAGAAACAUCUACUUUUUUUUUUUUAUUUUGAAAGACAGUUAUACAAGAUGGAACGAAAUGAACCUCAUAUGAAAUCUAAUUACUUACCUAUCUAUUGUACAGCUAGUUUCUCUGAGUUUGUGUGAAUAACUGAGCCUUUAUCUUGACCUUUUCGCUUUUUUUAGUCUGUUUCUUGGCAGUUAUGUGAAAAGGGGCAGUAGAUUAUUAUUUUUUUUUUAAAGCCCUGAGAAAGAACAAGCUCAUGGUCAACAGGUCAGACAACUGUGCAUAAAAGUUGUAUACUUUCAGUGCAAGAAAACCGAGAGUUUUAUGGAAAUAUUGUAAAAGAAAAAAAAAUAA